AUCAUUGUCGGUUUCAUGUUCUAAUUGGUGGAAGAAAAAUCAAACUUAAAUUCCCCGAAAUUUCUGAUAAAAAAGUAUAUUCGUAAUAUUAAAAUGACAGUGUUAUAACGAUAUUGAGAGUUGAGACAGUCUUUAUAUUGGUAACUAGCAUGUUUAAUCUCCUAAAUUUACAUUAUUCAAGUCAUUGCUAGAAAAAAUACAGAGUUACGUGAAAUAUUUUGAUACAUUGAUCCCUAAUUAUUGUUGUCUCUUUCUUUUUGAACCUGCAACGAAAGUGUACAGUACAUAAGUUGAGUUUUAUUCUCGUCCCCAUUUGAAGACCAUGUGAAACUUACGUGCAGAGCCGUCACUCAAUGUCGGAAUACAUUUUUAUUUUCUUCCUAUGUGAACUAUUAAUUUUUUUUUCUAAUUAUAUCCGUUCCUAUGAUUCUUGUUCGUUUCCUAGUCCUUACCGCAUUGCACACCUAAAAGAAGCACAAUGUAUAUAUAACAUUUUAUUCUAAUUUUACCAAGUGUCCAUAUACUAGUAUUUAUUUUUCUUUUUUAACAACAUAUACUAUUUAAAGCCUUCAAUCAUGUCAUAUAUAUAUAUAUAUAUGUAUAUUAUAUUUCUCCAACAUAUCAUGUCUAGUUUACCUCUCGUUACAUGUUACAUGGUUCCUCAGAUUUGUUUUUUCGUGAAACAUAUUCAUGGAUUUCUAUCUUUUAAGGUAACAUGAUUCUUUGAUUCAUUUCAUUCUCAUGUAUACAUAUUACCUGUGUUUUUUUUUUUUGCAUACAUUAUAGUUUAUGACUAUUACUUUCUAUAUUAACAAAGCGAGUAAAAUCACAACCGAAGAAAGAAAUUCCGUUAUCCUGAUAAAAUAAAGAGUUCUUAUUGAUUCGCAUAUGUUCAACGUAAAGCAGGUUAUGUUCAGUUGAUCGCAGAGGGGAAUAAAUAACACUAUUGGUGAAGAAAAAUAGAGAACGAUGCUUCAAAAAAUUAAAAAUAAAUCAAAGAGAAUUCAGGAAGAUUCGUGGUUAUAGUCACCAUACUAGUACAAUAAUAAAUCUAUAGGGAAAACGGAAAAAAGGAGGAGCACGUUGCUUUUCAAAUGGAAAUGAGUGGUCUCGAGCUCCGAAAACAAAGAAAAGAACCCUAUAAAAUUGACUAAUUAACAGUAUAAACUAAUAUAACCAAGGACAUAGACAGUUCGCAUAUGCAAUUUGUAGACAAAACAAAUUAAAUUAAACAAAACAUUAAUGUCCAAUAGUUAUCCACAUAUGAUAGGAUCACUUGUUUACCUACUCCUGAAUUUAGUCUGCUUCGGGAUCCACACCACGUCUCUUGUCCACAAUAGUCAGACACCUCAUUCAUAUGUUUUACUACUUUCGUUGAAACACAUAUUAUGAAGGAAUGCGUCAAUCCUUUUCCCCGGCCAUCUUGCUUGAAGCUCUUAUUUUCUUUUUUGUAAUAUACAUUUUCCUACUAAAAGCAAAGUGAUAAUAUGUAUAUAAAGACACUUUUGGAAGUAUUUCGACAGACAUAUGUAUAUGUUUGAUAAGUUAUUUUACCAAUUGAAUAAACUACAAUAACCAGCUUUUCAAUUUAGUAUAUUGAACUAAGAAUAUCCAUAUAACUGAACAUGUAUAAUGUAUUGUCCUCUAAGACCCCUAGCCCCUGCAUAUAUAUAUCUGAAUGUGUAUAUCAUAGUCAAACAACCAUUUUAAAUUCAAUAUAUUGUCCUAGCAAAAUAAAAUAUCAGAUGGCAUAAGUGUAAAAAGAGAACCCAAGAAUAAGGUCACAAUCUUCCAGCUUAUAAAAACCAUCUCAUAGGACUCAACCUCAUCAAAGUCAUAACACUCUCCUUCAAACAUAGUCAGAGAAAACACAGCAACUAUUGUCUGUAAAAAAACAGAGAGAGAGAGAAAAUAGUAGAGAGAGCGAGAAUGGAUCAAAUGGUGUUGGGCUCUCAAGUGUACCCCUACACAACACAAACCCAUAGCCAGUGCAUCAUCGUUAACCAGAUCGAUGGAGCACCGUCAGGCGACGGAUCAAAGCCGGUGAAGCGGAGGAGGAAGAGGAGAAGCAAAGGGUCGUCAGCCACCAACGAAGAUGACGUGGCGACGAUUGGAGCGAUGUUGAGGAAGAGGAAGUUGACCGAUGAGCAGAUGAAUAUGCUGGAAUAUAGCUUCGAGAACGAGCACAAGCUUGAGUCAGGGAGGAAAGAGAAGAUCGCCAGAGAGUUAGGUCUUGAUCCCAGACAGGUGGCUGUUUGGUUCCAGAACCGCCGUGCACGGUGGAAGAACAAGAAACUCGAGGAAGAGUACGCCAAACUCAAGAGCCAACACGACACCGUCCUCCUCGGCCAAUCUCACCUCGAGUCUCAGGUACUAAUACUGACAGAACAGCUGACCGAAGCUCAAAACGAAAUUCAAAAACUUUCGGAACGACUUGUCCAAGAGACGUCAACAAACAGUUCAAGUUCAUCUCUUUCUGUUGAAGCCAACUACGCACCUAUUGAGUUCGAGUUUGCCCCGGUGGAUACAAACUACAACAUCCCAUUUUACAUGAUGGACAAUAAUUAUCUACAAAACAUGGAGUAUUGGGAUGGCUUGUAUGUGUAAUUUCAAAACUAAAUGUUAGGAGUCUAUGUAUGAAAAGCAUGUUCUUAUAAUUUGAUGUAGAAAUAGAUGUCGGCCAAGUUGUUGUAAAUGUAGUGUUAUUUAAGUAUUUACUACUGUAUAAGUUUCGUUUUCACUCUUCACCCCUUUUCCUCUAGUUUCAUAAAUAUAAAUCUGAUAUAAAGUAA